GAAAGUAUCGGUAUCGUCUGCGCAAGUCAUGACCCAAAAAUGAACAUUAGCUCUUUGAAAAUGCAUAAACACUUUUUUACAUGAAGUAUUCAAACAAAAGCAAACUUAAAACGUGUGCACGUGGAUGCGACGAAGCGUGUGUGCCGUACGUGGAAAACACAGGAACGGGCGUCCACCAAGAUUUCAAUCAACUAAUCAGCAAGUACACACCGCACUGUCAAUGAGGAUGACCCACACCCACACCCGCACCCCGCAAACGCAAACGCAUUGAUUACUACACAUUUUCAUCGUGCAAGCAACGCAACACAACGCGGCGCCGCCAUUGAACCUAAAAUCAGACAAGUUCUACACGAAAAACGUUUCCACGCAAGCUUAUGCAAAAAUGUCACUAGUGACGCGCAUCGAUGGAGGCGGCGACGACGACAGCGCCAGCGGCGGGAUCGAAACACAAAAGACGACGCCUUCAAUUGCCGAGGUCACUGCAAUAACCGAUGAAUUACAAGAUGGUGAUAAUAGCCUGGAGCCAGGUGAGCUGGUCACGCCACCGCAUCAGCCGCCAGGCAACGCUAGUCCGGCACCGAAAAAAAUGCUCGCCAAGGACGUUAUGAGCAAGACAUUGCGCAAGCUGACACAAAUCGAUACGGACAAAUGUGAGGAAAAUGAGCGCGCGAUUCUCGAGCUGGAGACCAUCAGACGCAAGGAGGCGACAUCUAAAAUGUCAGCUGAAAUGCCAACUAAAACUUAUCCAGUGGAAAAUGGCACCACAGCUCAUACAGUGGCUACAUCAACGGGUACAUCAACAGACGAUGCGGACGACAGUGAGGGCCUGUACUCGGACACGGAUUCAUCGGGGGAGGAACAAACCAAUGUGGAGGAUGUGCAAAAAGCACGCAAGGAAAAACAAGCUGAGGCAGCUGCAGCGGCAGCACCGCUGCCUCCGCCACCUCGUGCCGGUGCUCAUCCUUUUCAUGGGAUCAAUCAGCUGAGGUUUCGUAUGCGUCCGCCAUGUAUUGAUUAUUCGCGUAGAGGUUUCAUGCCCAGGAUGUUGCGUGGAGGCAUGCGUGCUAUGCCACCGAUGUUCUUCAACCGACCAUCUGCUUUCAAUCGAGGUCCUACUCCUAGGGGCGCAUCCCCGCCUCAACUGUCAUCAGCGUCGCCAAUUAAUGGACCCCAAGGUCAGACUAGUCUCUCGUCGGGAUCAUACGGGCCUGUGCUGCCCCCCAGUCAGGCCCAAGGUCAACCACAAGGCAGUAAGCGGACACAGUCCGAUAUAAUCUGGACAACAUCGCAGCCGCCCGUGUCAUUCGUUUUCAAUCUGAUUUCGGAAUGUAGCAAUGCACAGCAUAAGAACUGCAAGCAAAAAGAGGUAAAUCCGGUCAAGAACAGCGACAAGGAAACCAGCGGAGUAAGUAGCAAAGAGUCGAGCAAGGAUCAAAGCAAGCGAUCAAGAGAGGCACCCCAGGAACAUAAAGAUAAGCAAAGAGAUCGCUUCAAGGACAGACAGAGAGAACGUUCCAGAGAGUCAAGAAAAGAUAGCUCAAAGGAGAGACCCAAAGAACGUUCCAGGGAACUAUUCCGUGACACUAAGAGGGAGCGCUCCAAAGAGCGGCACAGCUCACGCUCGAAAGAAAGAAAGGAAAGUUCCAAUAGCAAGCAAAGGAAGGGCUCCAAGGAGAGAAUGGACUGUUCAAACGGUAAGCAAAUGGAACGUUCCAAAAACAAGAGAGAACGCUCCAAGGAGAGGAAUUCGGAUAAGCAAAGGGAACACCCAAAGGAGAAGAGACGAGAAGACAAUUCAACAUCACGAUCAAUUGAGAAGCGCUCGUCAGCUACGAGAGAUAAACGUCGAGAUCGGACCAGCGAUGAUCAUAGCAAAAAGGCAAAUCGUCGCACACGAAGUAGAAGCCAUAGUCGAAGGCCAGAGCCAGAGAUUAGAGCAAAGACCCCGCCCAUGCCGCCACUGCCACAAGCCAAUAGCGCAGCUCAAGAGAGUGACCGAGAGGAGUUAACAACGCCACCGUUGCCCAUUGCAACAGGGAAAGCCUUUGAUAUAUUUGCCGAGUCACCGCCAAGACUGAAGAAAGCCAGCAGCCCAGCCAAUAAAAAACAGCCAGCUGAAAAAACUGCCGAACUAAAAACCGAAGUGCCUGCUGAGCGCAGCACAACGCCGCCGCUGGAAGAUCUUCAAUUGAAAACCCUAUCCAGUUUAGAGCCCCUCAAAUCAACACCGCCUCAGCAGCUCAAGAUGCACAAUGAGAUUCACAUUCGCAUUGGCGCGCUGCUCGAGGACACAGAUCUGCACUACGAGGCGCUGCUGGCCACGAGGGAACAGCUGCUGCGUAAGAGCACCGAGCACCGUAACAAAAAGGAAACAUCCAAGGAGAUGCACAUCAAACAGGAGCCCAUUGACCAAGAGGAGACUUCAAGAAGUCGCUGCACACCGCCGCGGCACGUCAAUCCCUUCAAGCGUGAAACAGUAUUAGCUGAUACGUCUGGUCGUCUCUCUCCCAGGCGCUCCGUGGAGUCGUCGCGCUACAGCAUGCAGCGGAAUGGGGAUCGACAUGGUAGUAGUCAUCGCAAUAGCUCUCGUGAGCGCCACAGCGACGAGUUCAGAGAGCGCGUCAUCAAACAGGAGAAGAAUCGUUCCAGGACGCCGCCGCUGCUCACAGCGCGUCAAAUCAAGGUGGAGCGCAAUGUGACGCCGCCAAGAGAACGUGAAGUCGAGAGGGAGGUGCUGAUGCGAAAUGGAGUGGAGAUUGCCAAUGCGCCGCCGCCGACACAACUUAGCAAAAACCAUGAGCACAGUCCUGACACGGAUGACUACAUAGACAACUGGGAGAACGACGACUCCAUGGCGGGUGGUGACAGUAAUACGCCCAAGACUGCUGCCUUUUCGGCUGUAACUCGGCUUAACGGCGACGACGACGACUCGAAUGCACUGUGGAAUGCCAAUAGCACUCCGCCACCCAAGGCCAAGCUGCCGCAGACGCCACAACAGCUGCCGAGUGGAGUCGGAGCGGCAGUCGGAAGCGACAAUGCGCUGAUUAACAUUAACGAGCUGUACGACAAGUUCAUGAAGAGUAUUAAAAUGGGCUCCAAUGCAAACGAAGCACCAGCAGCAGAAGCUGCGAAAGAGCAGGCAACCACAUCUAGUUCCUUAAGCAAUUCCACUGCCGAAGAAUCUUCCAGCGACACAGAAGCGACGUCCAGUAGUAGCAGCAGCAGCAGCAGCAGCGAGAGCAGCUCCGAUGACAAUAAUGAUGAUGACGAUGAUGACGACGAUGACGACGAUGAUGAUGAUGAUGAUGACGAUGAUUCUAGCAGUGAUGAGAAUGACAAUUGUGCGGAUAAGCAGGAGCUAAAGGAACACCAGCUGAUUAGCAUGUAUGACGGUGAGCAAUCACAAUCCCAGUCAGCGAGCAUGGAGGAUUCGGUGGCUGACAAACAGUUACUCAACCACAAGAAGAACAAUGUUAGCAAGGAUCUGCGCAAGCUCAAAAGUCUUGAGGACAACCUGGCGCGCAUACAAAUGAUGCGCGAGAACUACGAUUCGGGUGACGAUCUCUGCGAGGAGCUGCUCAAAAUGGAGUCGCUGUUCAUCACCCAGCGCAAUGCUAUAAUGAACAAAUAUCGCAAGCCGGAACUCAAGACGAACGGCGAGGAGGAGCAACAACAACUACAACAGCAACAGCAAGUGACGUUGCAGCAACAGCAGACGCAGGAACAGCAGGAGCAGGAGCAGCAGCCACGGCCAGUGUCGCCAGUUAACAACAUCUUUGAUGCGAAUCGUGAGGCCAUCAAGCUAACUAUUUCACCCUUAAAGCUUUCCCGCAAGCCCGCAAUCUUCGACAAGGAUGAUGCCGAUGUUGCGCCACAAGCGGCGGGCGAUGGCAAGGUAACCAAGCCACCCAAGGAGAUAGCCAUUGUAAAGCCCACCAUUAUGGAUAUGCGCCCCAAGACCUCAAGGCCGCACUCGCAGACGCCACAUCAUCCUCAACCACACCACCCACUGAAGCGGUCACGGACGCGGGAACGUUCCCGGUCUCGUUCGAUAUCACGCAAUCGGUUUAGACGCAACAUGCAUCCCAGUCGCAGCAAGGACUCGACACGUUCGCCCAGUCCGCGUCGUCGACGACCAAUGCUUUCGCCGCGUCGCGGACGCUUUGGCAAGUCCCGGCUGGGCAUGGGUCGUAGUCGCAGUCGCAGUCGCAGCCUGAGUCGCAGUCGCACGCGCAGCCGCAGUCCGUUGCGUAGGCGACGCGUUAAGGUGCUGCCUGGUCGACGUCGCAGCUCAUUAUCGCCGCCCUGCAAGAUGCUCGGUCCACGCUCUCCACCGCCGCCUUCGAGACGCCGCUCCUACAGUCGGGAGCGCUGCUACUCACGCUCUCCGCUUCCAUUCAAACCGCCGUCGCCACCCAUGCGACGCAGCUGGUCGCCGUCUCGGUCGCGGUCGCCCUCGCGCAGACGCAGUCGAACGAGAUCACGCUCCAGAUCCAGAUCGCCACAUGGUCAGAUGCUUGCCGAUUACUUUGUGGAGAAUCAGAGCAUGGAAGCCGCUGCCUACUACUACAAUAUGUCACUGAUGCAGCAGGAUGCGAGCGGGGAACAGUACGACAGCUAUGCGGCGUACAUGGAUACCGCCUACAACAUGGAGCAGGCCUAUGCCCAGUACUCCGAGUACUCGGCAAACACAUCAGUUACACCCAUGGACUAUGACUAUGGUGCGGGCAGCCUGAUGGAGCCAUCAACAAUACCCGUGCUGCGCGAACUGCCAAUGGCGUCCACUGCACCCGUAGCUGUGCAGAAAGGCAACGUGCUGGAAAUCGUGCCGUCUAUGGACUCUGCUGCGGAACUGACGACUGUGCCGCCUGUUGUGCCAGAGGAACCGCAGGAGGACAAAAGCAAACCCAAGCGCAAGCGCGUGAACUUUGUGGACAAUGUGUUGCCCAACUACGAGAGCGACAGCGAGGAUCGCAAAGUUGUGGAAGUGGCAGUGGAACGUGCUGUGGGUCUCUACCGUGAGCGCUGUGCCGCCAAGGCGGCCAAGGUGCAGCGCAUCCGCGAACAGCUGCUGGCCAUGCCGCCGCCAUUGCCGCCCGUUACGCCAAAGCCGGCCCAAGUGGAGAAGCCAGUUCUAGUGAAAAAGAAGCCCAAAUUCCGCUACUAUCACUUUGAUCCCAUCAAGGGCGCAAUCAUAAAGUCACGCGAGCGCAUGGUACGGCCGUCGCUGCAGCAUCCGCCGCCCCGCUUCAAUCCCAAGUACAUGGCAAUGCUGGUGAAGUCUGGACGUCUGCCCAUGCCCGCCUUUAUGCGACAUCGGCCACCACCGCUGCCCGCGCAAGCGGAUGCCAUGCUGCAGGAGUUCUUCAGUAAGCAUCCGCCGCCACCGCUGCAAAACGUGUUGCCCCACUAUUUGCGAGGACCGCCGCCCAUGUCAGCCGUUUCAACGCCCCCGCCGCCCAUUGCCUCACAGCCGAUACCUGUGCUGGGUGCCCAGAGCUAUUCGUGCUAUCCGCAGACCCCAGCGCCAGCUGUCACCCCAGUAUCCUCCGUUGUCACAACGCCAGUGCCCGUUCCAGUGCCUGUGCCUGUGCCAGUACCCGUACCCGUGCCCGUACCCGUUUUGACAAGGUCGCCGCUGCCAUCGACGCCGCCGCCGCCGCCAGCAUUGGUGCCCCCCUUCUUCACGCCGCCACCCCUGCCCACAUUGUCAUCACAUUUCACAGCACAGCCGGUGCCGAAGAUGCGCGAGAUAAUUCCCGUCGACAUAUUGCAGAAAAUUGGACCGCUGCCCAAGACACUGGACCUGGACGGUUGCAAUCCCAGCCUGGACGAGCCGAACAAUGAUCUCAACGAAGCCGAGACAGCGCCGCCCGUGGAAGCAACUGUCGAUGGUCAGCCGCCGCCAAAGCUACUGGAAACCUAACAGCACCCACACAUCAAAGAGCAUCCCUUAAGUCAGUCUUGAGAAACCGGUUCCCAGCUACACUCGCACCUACUUAGAACCAUCCACCACCAGCUGAACACGUCAUAAUAAAAUAGUUAUUUAAGUUGUUACCUUGUAGACCUACGCAGCAGACUAGACAUAUUUUUUUACCAAUCCAACGAGCUCCUGGCAAUUACAUCAUCAUGUUAUAUUCUUUUUUCUUUCUCUCUCUCUCUGUCUCUCUUUCUCUCAUUCGAUUAUUAACAAUCAUUUUACAAUCAAGCUUAGUGAGCGAAAUGCAUUUAUUGUUAAACAUUUUUUAUUAGAACUAAUUCAGCAUUGUGUCACAUUUUACAUUUAGUUCAUCUGAUUUCUACAAGAAAAUAAAAAAAAAUAAAAAAAAAAAAACCUGUAAAUAAUG